AUGUGGCCCAAUGACAAAGUUCUAAGUUUCAUUGAAGAUUACCAUGCAUUUAGCUGCCUUUGGGAUGUUACCUCUGCAGAAUACAAAAACCGGGACAAAAAAAAAUUAGCGCUUCAAUCACUGGCCACUAAGCACGAGGCAACAGUGGCAGAUAUUGAAAAGAAAAUACAUAAUUUAAAAACUUCUUUUAACCGAGAGCGAAAAAAAAUAAAACAGUGUAGUGGGGCCUCUCCUAAGAAGUCUACAUGGUUUGCAUAUGAAUAUUUGCUAUUCUUACUACCAUUUAAUGAGUCUAGAGGCAGCCGUAACACAGAUUUGGAGGAAGCAAUCCCAAAGAGUGGAAACAAUGAAUUUGAGGACACCUCACAGACUGUCAACACUGAGGACCAAAUAGCCACUGAGGACCAAGCAGACACUUCUAUUAACGAAAUUGCACAAGAGGACCAUGGCCAAUCAUUCCAAACACCAAGAAAUCCUCCUAAACGUGCCCGGAAGAGUGAAGACUCCCCUGUCAAUGAAGCUGUAAACUGCCUGAAAUCUCUCACACAUAUUGUUUCUGGAAAAGAUGAGAAUUCAGCAUUCGGGGAUUUCGUCGCAAAUAAAAUGAAAACCUGUAAGAGGCCCCGGGUGGAGAUUUCUUUAGCUCAGCGUUAUAUUAAUGAUAUAUUAUUUCGAUUGGACAUGGGACUGCUAUCUGCUGAUAUUCAAUCUAUGUACAAGUCACAUACAUAUCCCACCUCUAUCCCAUCACAUUCCCCCUUGCCACACUCUCCACAUUUCAGUGGUCAUUCAUCUCCUAUUCAACCUUGUUCACCAGUUCCUACAGUUUCUGCAUCACCUGUUCCACCUCAACAAUCACAUUUCAGUGGUCAUUCAUCUCCUAUUCAACCUUGCUCACCAGUUCCUACAGUUUCUGCAUCACCUGUUCCACCUCAACAAUCACAGUCACUAGCUGGAACACUCAAUAACCCCUUCGAUUUCUUGGAAUUGUAGUAUGGACAAUAAUCAAAAGUUUAAUAGGUAAUUACUAUAAUAAUGACAGAAAAAUAUCAUUUCCUUUAUGAAGAUCAAUGUUAGCAAAUAAGUCUGUGGUUUAUUUCAUUAAACAGGAAUGUACUGUAUUUUAUCAUGCAGUUGAUAUUUAAAGAAUUUUCAAAUUUGAUUUCCUUAUUUUCAUGUGUUUAUCACUAUGUUUUAGGAGUAUAUUUCCCAUAUAUUUUUUUUUAUUAUGUUAUUAUUAGCGUACAUUUUCUUACUGUACACGAACAAGGAAUCUGAAUAUCUUAAUUUGUUUGAAAGCACAGCACUAAUAAAAUUUAAAGUCAAAAUUCGUUGUAUAUACAUACCUUCACAUAUUGUUUCAGUGCUGAAAUA